AUGGUGCUUGAAGAUAUGGUCGACCACAAGGGCCGGCUGUUGCAUGGCAUCCUAGUGCCAAAGCAGAAUGCCUGGCGGUGUUGGUUUGCUCGCGUCGUAGUGGACCUCGAAGUCGACAUGCAGGCCCACAGCCUCAUCCCAUCCAUGAGGGAGAUCAGAGAUCGGUAUCAAGUCGUUUGCCAACGUUUCCUAGUUCAAGACCCUCACGAUGAGAUCCCUCAAGAUGAGGCACCGGAGCUCGAUAGUGUCGCCGGCAUCUCCAAGAACACGUGCGUGUACACUGUCCUGGGCGACGAAGCUCUCGGUGACGGGUUGGCCCUAAGUGACACUGCGGUGCUGAACUCGGUGCUCAUAUUCUUUGCCGCAUGCUCGAGGAGUUCGGUUGACCUCGACGUCAUCCUCGACUUCAUAGCGAGCAUGAAGCCGAAGCUCGAGCAGUCGCAGUUGGGGUAG